AUGCCGCCAAAGAAGAAGGGAGUUCGCAAGACGGAGGCCGAGCGGCUGCUGGAAGAUGCCAGGACCAUGCUCGGCGGCCCAAUUGCUGCUGCGGGAGCGACUACAAGAGGGAGAAUGACUCGCGCCGCCGCCGCCGCCGCCGCUGCUGUUGCUGCUGCACCCUUACCCGCACUACCCGCACCGCUCGCCAUGGACGACGCCAACCCGAAAGACGUCGGUCCGGCCAAGGAAGACGAGACAGAGUCACAGAACGAUCAGGACGCCGCUGCUCCAGAGAAAGAAGACGGAAAAGACGGCAAGAAGCGCGACCGCGAUAGCCCCGAGGACAGCGACGCUCAGUCGGCUCCGGCGAAGAGGAGAAAAGUGCCAAAGGGUAAGAAGGCACCGAAAGGCAAGAAGGCCGCCAAGGGUAAAAAGGCACCUCCAGAGAAGACGCCGACGCCGCCGCCGCCGCCGCCGCCGCCUGAAGAGGAAAAAGUACUUGACACGCCUCCGUGGUCUGCCCUAUCAUCUCCAUCACGGCCCAAGUCACCGCCACCACCUAAGUCACCGCCACCGCCUAAGUCACCACCACCACCGAGGUCACCAUCACCGCCUAAGUCACCGCCACCGCCCAAGUCACCACCACCACCGAGGUCACCAUCACCAACUGGCAAUACACCGCCACCUAGACUGCCUCCCCUACCUCCCAUGCCUAUCUUCAUGAGAGAUGGGGUUGUCAUCCCAGCUGUCAAGAGAGGUGUCAUCUGCAUGAGCGACGUCUUGCCGGACUUCACCGAAGACGGCGACCUGAUCAUGUACGACGUCGAGUCAGACAUUAGCGAUAGUGAGGUUCCGCCGGGGCAGGAAGAGCCGGAGCGGGAACCCAACCCGGAGGGUCAAGGAGGAGAGCAGCUGGGUGAUCAGCGGUUGAGGGAUCAACAGCAGAAGGAAAAGGAACUGCAGGAGAUGGAGCAGAGGCUGCAGCUGUGGGAGGCAGCGCUGCUGCAGAAGGAGAAGGAGCAGAAAGAGAAAGAAAAGAAGGGGCCUGAAAAGGGGCCGCAAGGGCAGAAGGAGACCCAGCCGAAGGAGACCCAGCAACCGAAGGAGACCCAGCCGAAGUCGACGGAGCAGACGCAAGAGCAGCGGCAGGAAAAGGAACGACAAAAGAGAGAGGACGAGAUACGACAGAAGGUGAAGGGCCUCGUCGAGGGGUUAACGGAUUAUCGCAACAAGAUGCUACCGGAGAUGCAAGAGUGGUAUGGUCUGCAGAACAAGAGGCUACUACAGCAGGAGAAGGAGAUGAAGGAGCAAGACAAGAAGGAAGAACAGGAAAAGGAGCAACGGCAGAAGGAGCAGAAGUUGAGGGAGCACAAGCAGAAGGAGAGAGAGGAGAGAGAGAAAAAGCAGACCAAAGAACAGAACGAAGAGGAACUUCAGCAGAGGGAGGAUGAGAUUCGCCAGAAGGUGAUUGAUGUUUUGGAUGGGGUUAUUAAGUAUGGGAAAUAUCGACCACAAGCGCAGCAGGCGAAGCAGCAGGCGAAGCAGCAGGCGAAGCAGCAGGCGAAGCAGCAGGCGAAGCAGCAGGCGAAGCAGCAGGCGAAGCAGCAGGCGACGAAGCAGGCGACGAAGCAGGUGACGAAGCAGGCGACGAAGCAGGCGACGGAGCAAGAGUCGCAGCAGGCAACGCAGCAAGAGUCGCAGCAAGAGACGCGGCAAGAGACGCAGCAAGAGACGCAGCAGGGUGCUGGUCCGCAGGGCGGUGCGCCGCAGGGUGAUGGGCAGCAGAGCGAGGAGCAACAAGGGCCCGAAUACUUUUCCCAGCGUUACGCCCCAUUGCCCGGGUCCAGCGCCUCCCUCGUCCUCAGCUACGAGGACGAGACGCCACAGCCGCUGUCCUAUCCGGACGGCAUUUCACGGGAGCGGCCUCAUCGCGACGACACUGAGCCUAGCAGCGGGGAUGCCAGACCACGCCCGAAGACUGCCGAGGAGGAGGAGGCCGCGGCGAGAGAACACUUGGAGAAACUCGAGCGUUUCUUUGCUCGCGCCAACCCGGACGAGGACGAAGACGAGAUUAUAAAGCAAGAGAAGAGCGAUGACAGCAUACGGCUCGAAGGCAUCAGCGAGCUCCCUGCAGCUGAUAAUCCAGAGUCGGGAGGGGAUCCGGCGGGUACAGACACCACAGAAGCCGGGCUAUCGAGCGACCUUCCCGCCGACGCCGGACCAACGGCCCCGCCCGGCAGCCUUCUGCGCCCCUUUGUCCUCUUGUCGCGCAAGGAACUCCCGCCGCCGCCGGUCACCACUCCUGUUCCCGGUAACUCUCGGGCUGUCGCAGAGGGAGAGGGGGAUAUGGACUGGCAGUCGCCCAUCGGGUCCUUUAGGUUGACGUCCUGGAAUGACCUGUACCCCGAAGGCUGA